UGGAAUCCAGCAUUCAAAACUUAUAUGAGAAGAUUAUUCAAGUUAAGAAGCUAGAUUGUUGUGUAAUUAAUUCCACUGUGAAACUUUAUUCUUCAAAACAUUCAGCACUACUGAAACAUACAGCUGUAGUGCUUUUGAAACCGAAGGUUUUUUUCAAAAGAAGAAAAAAAACUUUUGUCCCCAGGAGAAUAGUUUGACUGGUUUCCUCAUUUCUCUUUCAAAUAUAUGUUUAAGAGAUCUUUUAUUUCAGCAUAACAAUAAUUAUUUGCAGGAGUUUUUGUGUUAGUGACUAAUUUAGAACUUGUAGAUUUGAGCCGCCUGAAUUGGCCAGACAGCUGUAAUGGCAGUCCUCUAUUCUUAAUCUCUUUAUCUGGGCAGCAGCUGCCAUAUGGCCACAGUCAGCUGGAUCAGAUGUUUAUAAGCUUCCUUCUUCGUCCCUCUCUGUCCUCUCAGCCUCCUAAUUUGAUCACGGCUACCUUGUGAGCUGCCCUCCAAUCUUUAUUUUUAGACCUCUCAGGAUUAGGAUUGAUGUUAGCUGUGGGGCACUUAAAGUGAUUGUAUUGUAAAUCUUGGUUUAUUCUAGCAGUGGCAUCUUGCUUUAUUCUAGCAAUGUAUUUGGGAUUAGGGUGAAAGUUUCAGUCCAUCUUGGGCAAAGUAGAAAAAGUAGGUUAUGAAGACAGUAUGGAGUUUCCAGACCACAGCAGACAUUUGCUGCAAUGUCUGAGCGAGCAGAGACAUCAGGGUUUUCUUUGUGACUGCACUGUUCUGGUGGGAGAUGCCCAGUUCCGAGCGCACCGAGCUGUACUGGCUUCAUGCAGCAUGUAUUUCCACCUCUUUUACAAGGACCAGCUGGACAAAAGAGACAUUGUUCAUCUGAACAGCGACAUUGUUACAGCCCCAGCUUUCGCUCUCCUGCUUGAAUUCAUGUAUGAAGGGAAACUCCAGUUCAAAGACUUGCCCAUUGAAGACGUGCUAGCAGCUGCCAGUUAUCUCCACAUGUAUGACAUUGUCAAAGUCUGCAAAAAGAAGCUGAAAGAGAAAGCCACCACGGAGGCAGACAGCACCAAGAAGGAGGAAGAUGCUUCAAGUUGUUCAGACAAAGUCGAGAGCCUCUCGGAUGGCAGCAGCCACAUGGCCGGCGAUUUGCCCAGUGAUGAGGAUGAAGGAGAAGAUGAAAAAUUGAACAUCUUGCCCAGCAAAAGGGACUUGGCUGCCGAGCCUGGGAACAUGUGGAUGCGAUUGCCCUCAGACUCCACAGGCCUCCCCCAGGCCGGCGGAGAGGCUGAGCCACACGCCACGGCAGCUGGAAAAACAGUAGCCAGCCCCUGCAGCUCCACAGAGUCUUUGUCCCAGAGGUCUGUCACCUCCGUGAGGGAUUCAGCAGAUGCUGACUGUGUGCUGGACCUGUCUGUCAAGUCCAGCCUUUCAGGAGUUGAAAAUCUGAACAGCUCUUAUUUCUCUUCACAGGACGUGCUGAGAAGCAACCUGGUGCAGGUGAAGGUGGAGAAAGAAGCGUCCUGUGAUGAGAGUGAUGUUGGCACUAAUGAGUAUGACAUGGAACAUAGCGCUGUGAAAGAGAGUGCGAGCGCUAAUAGCAGGGUACAGUAUGAGCCGGCCCAUCUGGCUCCGCUGAGGGAGGACUCGGUCCUGAGGGAGCUCGAGCGGGAGGACAAAGCCAGUGAUGAUGAGAUGAUGAGCCCGGAGACCGAGCGCGUGCCGGUGGAGGGCGGCAUGGAGAGCAGCCUGCUGCCCUACGUCUCCAACAUCCUGAGCCCGGCCGGCCAGAUCUUCAUGUGCCCGCUGUGCAACAAGGUCUUCCCCAGCCCGCACAUCCUGCAGAUCCACCUGAGCACGCACUUCCGUGAGCAGGACGGCCUGCGCAGCAAGCCUGCCGCCGACGUCAACGUGCCCACCUGCUCGCUGUGCGGCAAGACUUUCUCUUGCAUGUACACACUCAAGCGCCACGAGAGGACUCACUCGGGCGAGAAGCCCUACACGUGUACCCAGUGCGGCAAGAGCUUCCAGUACUCGCACAACCUGAGCCGCCAUGCCGUGGUGCACACACGCGAGAAGCCACACGCCUGCAAGUGGUGCGAGCGCAGGUUCACGCAGUCCGGGGACCUGUACAGGCACAUCCGCAAGUUCCACUGUGAGCUGGUGAGCUCCUUGUCUGUCAAAAGCGAAGCGCUGAGCUUGCCCACUGUCAGAGACUGGACCUUAGAAGAUAGCUCUCAAGAACUUUGGAAAUAAUUUUAUAAAUAAUAUAUAUAUACACAUAUAUAUACAUAGAUCUCUAUAUAGUCGUGGUACGGUCUAAAAGCAGUCUUGUUUCCUGGAACUCAAAAGUUGGGGUAUUAACUUGUUUUUGCACUUUAGAGUAGCAUGAGAAUCUCACUAAUUUAGCAUUCUGAGAACAGAAACUUUAGAGCAAGUCAGAGAAUAGAGAGGUGUUUUUCUUUCCAGGGGUUAGGGGUUAGUGGAAGUAAGCCAGUAAGAACCUUUGAAACAAAUCGUCCUAUCACAAAAUGCUUCCAUAGGGCUUAAUUCUGUCGACACUGCAUUGUCUUGAGCGCUCUUUUCUUUCUCCUUUCUUUGUUUUUUUAAAGUAGAAAUACCCUCCAGUUUUAUUAGCCUCUUUAUAUGUCUCAAAUUGCAUGAAUCCUUUCUGGCUGUUGGAAACCUGAAUGCUUUUAGACCCAAAUGGAAAAUUUCUGAAAUGCUGGAUUAUCUAUUUUUAAACAAGCAGUUGACUUAAAAACUUUCUGUGGCAACUUCUGGUUUUCUGACGGUUCCCAAUGAGAGAAGCUCUGCAAGUACACUGGGGUCACUGGGACGCUGUCUUUGUGAAGGUUUGCUUGGGAUGAAAAAGGAUAUUGCAGCUUCAGCAGUGUUGAACUGUGUGUUAAAAAAUGUGAAUUACUGUUACUGUAUACUGUAAUUGAUUACAUGGGCUGGGGGGGUGUCAAAGAACUUGACAGGUUGUGUUGAUGCUCUUAGUUGAGUCUUGAAAAGUAAAUAUUAACGCUACAGAAAUGCAUGAGUUUCAAUAUAUUUUUUGUCUUUGUUUGCCUUGUAUAACUUUAACAAGUGAGUUUAAAAUUAUUUAAUUUCCUUAGAAAAAUAGCACCAUUUGGGGAAAAACUGGUGUUAUGAAGAACAUAAAUGCACUGUUUUUAUUUUUAUUUUAUAUAAUUUAAAUUGACUUUCCCACUGUCUUUAAGUUGAAACUGUUAAGCUGAAUAAAAACUUAAGCUGCAAAUUGAUAACUUCGCUACAUAACAAGGAAAAUAUAAAUGUUUACAAACGGCUUAAAGAUUUGCAUGUGCAGUGUGCAUUCAUAACAAACUUCUAAUUGCACAAAACCCAUGCCAGCUCAAAGUUUAGGUGUACACAUUUACCCAGUUGAGCAUUUUUAGAAUAACUACUGCACAAAUUGACAAUAGGUCAUUCUUUCUUUUUUUUGCUCCCCUUUUCUUUUUUCCCCUUCUCUUCCUAACCCUCCCUCCCCGCCUCCAACACCCAUCCCCCCCAACUCAUGAAAAGAUUCUAUGGACUGAAAAAGCCCCAGGCUGAAAGGACUGGAUGCCUUGAUUGACAUGGGGAAGGGGGUUAGUGGACUAUGUGUAUCACGGCAGCAGAGGCUGCAGCCCUACGUGUGGUUUAAUGACCGGCACCAGGGCAAAAGCAUUUUGCACAGUGUUUGUUUUCCUGUCUUGCACUUACAAAUAAGGUCUAUGGGAGUAGCAUGGAAAACGUUUGCUGUUUUUCCCUUUUUUUUUUUUAAUUGCUUUUGUUUAAAAUUUGAUCGCCUUAACUACUGUAAACAUAGCCUAUUUUUGUGCUUAAGAUACUGAAUGGAAAACUCCAUUGUGUGUUGCUGGACUGUUUUGGAAAUAUUUGGUCAAAUGUGUGUUAAUUUGGCUGUAAUGGCAUUUAAAGCAAACAAACAAACAAAAAAAAAGCUGUGAAAAUGGCCUUGGAGCAUUAUCUUUAGUUACUUGAAAAGUUUCUAGUUUUUUUUUUAAAUACAGUUUAUGUUAAAAUAAUUUUUAUUAAUUUAGAGAAGACAAUCAAUGUCUGAGAAAAUGGACUUUCUUUUGGAUUUUCUUUUUGUGGUCAUUGUGAGUGGUUGCUUUUUCCUUUUAUUAGUUUCACAUUCUUCCUUCGUUCUAAAACUUAGACUGACAUCUAGCUUUGACAAUCAUAGUAUGUUUUAUUUUCCUGAGGGGGGAAUAACUUAUAAUGCUGUUUAGUUUUGUACUAUUGGUGUGUUGGUGAAUUUUUAAACUGUGUGCUAACUGCAAUAAAUUAUAUGAACUGAGAA